AAUAAUCGGAUGAUGAAUUUAUAAUUUUUCGUGUUUGUUUGUUUUGAGUCGAAGACUUUUAGAAAUUAUGAAAUCAGUGCAAAUUAUGAGAAGGGUGUGUAAGCUUCCUGCACUAACUGUGAAUGUUUGCUGUCAAAAAAAACCUAUUAAGUUGCACGUACGAUACAGCGCCUCAGUGGGAUUUGGAAAUUAUAGAAGAUUUUGCCCUCUCAUAACAAGUAUCAGAAAUUUAGGCCUCGGCCCCACCUCGAAGGACUUCGAGGAACCGACUCAAAUAUCAGGGCCGCUCACGAAAGUGCAUGCGAACGAACUCGUCUUGCGUUUAAACGAUGAGGAGCGAAAAAUGUUGUUUAGUGCUUUACAAGAAUACUCAUCAAAUAGGAUUAAAGAGGAAUUUGAAGAUAAAUUGGCAGGUCAACGGUGGAGGUCCAAGCUUGGUAGACCUAGCAAAGUACCCACAUUAGGUGAUGUAGACCCCACAGGUUGUUACUGCCCUGUUCCAGAGGACUGGUUAAAGAAAAAAUAUGCUGCAAGUGUUCCAAGGCCAACCACUAAAGAGCUAUUCCACUUGUCACUAGCAAACUCAAUACCCUUCAUUGGCUUUGGCUUCUUGGACAAUUUCAUCAUGAUUAUUGCUGGCGACAGCAUCGAGAGCAGCAUGAGCGCGUACAUCACGCUGUCGACGAUGGCGGCGGCGGCGCUGGGCAACACGUUCAGCGACGUGAUCGGCAUCGGCUCGUCGUACUACGUGGAGCGCGCCGCCGUGCUGCUGGGGCUGGGCGCGCCCGCGCUGUCGCCCGUGCAGCUCGACAUGCCCGUGAGCCGCCGCUUCUCCAACCUGGGUCGAGUACUGGGCAUCACACUGGGCUGUUUCCUCGGCAUGAUUCCACUGCUGUUCAAAGAUGAAGAGAAGAAACCGGAAGCCAAGCCAACUUGAAAACUUGUAAUGUAUAAAUACCGAACCAUAAUUUAAGAUUGACGUAACGUUAUUAUUUAGUUAUUAUAUUUGUUUCCUUGUCUUUUAUGGUAAACUAUUAUUACGUUUUACCGUAGUUAUCUUUUUAAUAGUAUAACACGUGUUAAGAUUCAUCUUAAUGAUAAUAAAAUAAAAAGAGAUUCCCUUAAGUACCUUCUCGUGUAUAAUUUUUA